GAGCGGCGAACCGGCGGCUCCGCGGCUCCAUGGCCACGGCCGCGGCGGAGGAGCCCAGCGCCCGCCGCCCCCGGGGCACCGGCCCCGGCCCCGGCGGGAGGCGAACGGCGCGGCGGCGGCCGGAGCAUCGGCCGAGCUGUAGAGGAUGACGGCCAAGAGCCCCGAAGCCAACGGGCCGCUGCGGGAGGCGGAGGGGGCGCCCCCGAAGGCUCCGGUGCCCCCCGUCCCGUCCCGGCGCCGCGGCCGCCGUCUGCGGCGCAAAGCCCCGGCCGAGGCUCAGCCCAGGGGCCGGCUCCGGAUGCGCUCGCCCUCGGGAGCCUUCGUGGUGCUGGGAGUCUCGGUGGUGCUGGUGGGCAUGACCAUCGCCGUGGCGGGCUACUGGCCCCACCGGGCGGCCGGGGCCGGGGCGAGGAAUGGCAGCAGCUCGGCGGACGUGAGGAGGGAGGUGGCAGCCGGGCGCCACGUGCCCCACGGAGAGAAGCUGAAGCUGAUCGGCCCGGUCAUCAUGGGCGUCGGGCUCUUCAUCUUCAUCUGCGCCAACACCAUGCUGUACGAGAACAGGGACAUGGAGACCCGCAGGCUGAUGCAGAAGGGGCUGUUCCCCCUGGCGGCGGCUGGCCCCGAGGGGACGGGCCCCCAGGACGGGCAGUGCCAGCGCGGGGACAGCCAGCCCGUCCCCACGGAGAGCGUGGAGGGCUGCUACCAGGUGGAUCUCUCCCAUCGGCCCAGCCCCGACCCCGGCAGCAAAUGGUCCGACUGCUACGGCCCCAACAGGCUCCAGCCCGCGGCGGCGUCUGCCGGCGCCUCGCUGCUCAGCCUCCCGUGCCGCGCCGGAGCCGGGGCCCUGCUGUCCUCGGCCGUCGGGGCCUCGAUGCCGCCCGUCAUCAAACUCAACAACCGCCCGCUGGAUGCGGCGGCGGCCCGGGGAGCUGCCGGGAGGGCAGAGGGGGUGCCCAGCGAGCCCUCCCCCGGAGCACUGCAGCUCUGCCCCGGGCAGGACCGAGGCGGCGGCCACGUCGCCAUCAACAUGGACGGCGGCCGCCCCGGCGCGGAGCCGCGCACGCCGGGCCACUCCAGAUCGCUGGACCUCGGCAGGCCGGGGCUGCUGCUGCCGGCCCCCGUCAAGAACAGGAGCUGGCCCCGGCUGGACCACGGCAGCCUGGUGGGUUACAGCAAACUGGGAAGUGGCGGCGAGUCCUCGGCCCGGCUGCUGGAGCCCAGCGGGGCCUCGAGCCGGGCCGAGCCCCGGCCCUGCUCCUGGGCCGUGGGGACGCAGCGGGGAGCACGGCUCUGAGCUCCCCCGGCAGCCUGCUGACCUCGCGGCUCCUCAGCCUGCUCCCCGGCACCAGCAGCGGCUCCUGGGGGCUGGUGGGUUUUGGGGAUGCCAAGCACAGGGGCUGAGAGCACACCCGGGGCGCUUUGUCCUCUCCUGGCCGCCGCUCAGCCCUUCCCUUGGCCUUACAAACCCCUUCUCCCCAUGGCUUUCCCAGAGGAGCCCUCUCUGAGACCCCACACAAACUGUGGGGUGGGAAUGUGGGGUGGGCAAAGCCCCCCUGGUCCCCCCACAGCACUUUAUGACAGCAGGGUUGGGGUGGGGGGUGGUUUUUGGGGGAGUGGUGGCCCCUUACCCAGCCUCAACCCCGAUGGGGCUAUUAAACGUUAUCUCCAUGCCACUGCUGCUUUUGCCUGUGAGAUGCUUGGGGGGAGUCUCUGAGCCUGUGCUGCCCU